GCCGUUUUGAACAUAAAGGAUAUGCUUGAACUUAUUUUCGCGCGACAUAAGCACCGCAUGUGGAAGACACGACGCCGGCGUCGCGUACAUUGAUUGCCAUACACAGAGUUGCUUAUACAGACAACAUUUUAGUCAUUCGCUAGUUCACCACAAUUGAGAGCAAUAACUCUCAAGCGGUAUUAAUUAAUUUGUUGCCAUAAAUUGAGGAUUCGCAAGCCAUAAAAGCAAUCCUGGCGAAAAAUAGAAAAAAGUGAUCAAUUUUGUAACCUCCAGUGGCUGUACAUAUGUAGAUAUUAAAAGGCAUUAAAAUAAGUAAACAGAGGAAUACUACGACUUACUAUUUUUAAGCGGAGAAAGUGUGCUUCACUUCGCUUGGUUCGGGCACAUAACGUUAUUAAUUAUCCACUUAAGCUGUUUUAAACACACAUACCAACGAAGCAACACACACACGAUCACAGCUACAUUUGCAGCAAGCCAGCAAGAAAGCUUAACGCCUGCACUCUUUGUGGCGCGUCAGGAGUACGCUUUCCAACACACGCUGCCACAAAAAGCGGAUAUUUUACAUAACUGCGCUACCUGUUUGUUAAAGAAAACAAAAAUCUCUUGUACAACUACUGAAACCAUAUAUCAAUUACCACAACAACAAGAACAAAAUCAUUUAAAAAAUUUUAAAGAAAAAAUACAAAACACAAUAACAAUAUCACUAACAAAAACAAAACCAGCAUAACCGUCCAUUAGCGCAAGCUGAAAGAGUCCCAGAGUUUUCGCUGUCGAAGGCUAUGAAGCUUGCAAGCGCAUUUUUUUGUAAAUAAACGGCAGAGCAACAAAGCAUAAAAACGGCGCGUGAAAAUUUUAAACAAACAUCGCUCCAAGUGCCAACAGCAGCACUCUAAAUAGACGCGAUUCUACAAAAAAAAAGCAGCGGAAAAACUUAGCAAAAGCUAAAAUAUUUUUUAUAAAAAAUUUAUUCUGUCUACAUACACACACAUACACACAUAUAUUGGCCAUUUUUAUACGGCUUACGCGCGUUUGGGGAAUUUUUACAAGAAGUUGACGAGAUUUAUUAGCCAAGCAUAGCGGUGAUACUAGUACAAAAUGGGUAGGAAAAAAAUACAAAUAUCACGCAUCACCGACGAGCGUAACCGACAGGUUACGUUCAACAAACGCAAAUUCGGCGUCAUGAAGAAGGCCUACGAGUUGUCGGUUUUGUGUGAUUGUGAAAUUGCGCUUAUCAUUUUCUCAUCCAGUAAUAAAUUAUAUCAAUAUGCUAGCACUGAUAUGGACAAGGUCCUGCUCAAAUAUACUGAAUAUAAUGAGCCACACGAGUCACUCACGAAUAAGAAUAUAAUUGAGAAGGAGAAUAAAAAUGGCGUCAUGUCACCAGAUUCACCCGAACAGGAAGCCGAUUUCACACUCACACCCCGCACUGAAGCCAAAUAUAAUAAGAUCGACGAAGACUUUCAGCUGAUGAUACAACGCACUCAAAUGGGCGGAGCGAGCGCAUCCGGACGAAAUCUUGGUAAUACGAAUUACACACUGCCGGUAUCGGUGCCGGUGCCGGGCGCUUACGGCGAUGCCAUGCUGCAGGCGAGCCCACAAAUGUCCCACACAAAUAUAAGCCCACGGCCGUCAAGCUCAGAGACCGACUCAGGUGGGAUGUCCUUAAUAAUUUAUCCAUCGGGUUCCAUGUUGGAGAUGUCAAACGGUUAUCCGCAUUCACAUUCGCCGCUUGGUGGAUCGCCCAGUCCAGGACCGAGUCCAGGUUUAGCUCAUCACCUGUCACACAAGCAACAGUCACCGGGCGGCCAAAAUGGACGCGCUUCCAAUCUACGCCUCGUCUUACCAACACCACUUGCUCAAAAUAUGUCAGCUGCAGAUGAGAUUAGCUACGGCGAUCAGCGACACAACCAGGCAUCACUCAAUACGCCCGUGGUGACGCUGCAAACGCCCAUACCCAAUAUGUCGGGCUACACAUUUGGGCCGCAAGAUUUCUCUAUGAGUUCCUCCGAUGUUAUGAGUUUACAGCCAUGGACCACACAUCAGGGACUCGUACAGCAUACGGGACUACCCCAUUUGGCCGUACCGAAUAGCACACCACCGCCUGCCACCUCGCCCGUCUCGAUCAAAGUCAAAUCCGAGCCACAAUCACCGCCACGCGAUCUCUCCGGUUGCCACCAUCAGCAGAACAGCAACGGUUCGGCGGGCAGCAGCGGCAGCGGUGGUGGCGGUGGCGGCAGUUCAUCCAACAGCGUCUCCACCGCCAAUGCACUCGCGCUUGCCAAUAUGAAUGCGACGGCGGUGAUAGCGGGCGGCAGCGGCGGCGUCAAUUCGGCGUCCGAGCAGGCUGCCAAUCUGAGUGUACUAAGUCAUCCGCAACAACAUCUGGUGAUGGGCGGCUCAAGGCCCUCCUCCACGGGACAUUUAACGCCAACGCAAGGAGUGCUAGAUAAAUAUGAAGGAUAUCAAUACCGCUCGCAGCUGGGUGCGAAUUCUAGAGUAUGGAAUUUUGCCGACUUUAUAAUUUUCAAUACAGGUUCGGUUACGCCCACCAAUGUGCCAUCGCCCGACUUGCGGUUGACGGCCAAUCAGCAGGCGCAACAGCAGCAUCAACAGGCGCAACAGCAACAACAACAGCAGCAGCUGAAUGACUACGACGGACCGAAUCAGGCGCACAAGCGGCCGCGCAUCUCCGGCGGUUGGCCGCAAUAGCCGGCCCGAGAAGUGGCAGC